GAAACCUGCCUCCUUGAAGUCUUUGAGCUGAUUAAAAAUGAGAAGACAUCAAGUCAGGAUGUGUUCCAUCAACCGAAAUGCCAUCAAGGCAUUCCUGAUUCGCAACUCUUAUGUGCUCUUCACUGUAGGAGCAGUUGUAGUAGGAGUCAUUUUGGGAUUUACUGUGCGACCUUAUAACUUAUCAUUGAAAGAAAUAAAGUAUUUAUCCUUCCCUGGGGAGGUACUGAUGAGGAUGUUACGGAUGAUUGUCCUCCCACUCAUUGUCUCCAGUCUUGUUUCAGAACCUAAGAGGUCCAAACCUGUUCCAGCAUCAACACGUGUACAAAACAUGGUCCUUGAAGAAAUGGUUUGUCAGGAUUGGUGUGGAAUAACUUGAGUGGCCUGCAUAGGUCCCUAACCUCAGUAACGUUCUUCUGGCUGAUCUGUUGCUCCUAUUAUAUUACAAUAAGAAGUUUUUCUUUUAUUAUACCAGGAAUUUCACAGUUGGAUACUAAAGCCACUGGAAAGAUGGGAUUGCGGGCUAUCGUUUAUUAUAUCGUGACGACUCUUAUUGCUGUGUUUAUUGGUAUUGUCUUGGUGACCAGCAUAAGACCUGGAACAGACAAAAGAGACACUCCAAAGUCUAGUACUGGGGCUGAGUCAGUGACAACUACUGAUGCAUUUCUUGAUCUAAUAAGAAAUAUGGUCCCUUCUAAUUUAGUGGAAGCCUGCUUUAAACAGUACAAAACACAUUACAAGAAAAUUGUUUGGACAAAGAACAUCACUGUUAUAGCGAAUGAAAGUGUCCCGCAGACUGUCCAGGAGACAGUGGAGGAGAUGAUUCCAGUCUCAGGAUCCGCUGAUGGAAUGAAUGCUCUAGGUCUUGUGGUUUUCUCAUGGCUCUUUGGCUUGGUAAUUGGGAAACUGAAGCAGCAGGGCCAGCCACUGAAGGAUUUUUUUAACUCCCUCAAUGAUGCCAUAAUGAGCAUAGUAGCAAUCAUUAUGUGGUAUGCUCCUGUUGGCAUCCUCUUUCUAAUUGCUGGGAAGCUAUUAGAAAUGAAAAACCUUUUAGAGGUUGGAGGACAGUUGGGAAUGUACAUGGUGUGUGUCAUCGUUGGUCUGUUCAUCCACAGCGUCAUUGUUUUGCCUCUACUUUUCUAUUUGGGGACACGGAAGAACCCCUUCACUUUCAUCUAUGGUCUGCUUCAGGCUUUAAUUACAGCUUUUGGAACAUCCUCCAGUUCUGCUACCCUUCCCAUCACCUUCCGUUGCCUGGAGGAGAACAACCAUGUGGACAAACGUGUAACACGCCUUGUUUUGCCAGUGGGAGCCACCAUAAACAUGGAUGGUACAGCUCUGUAUGAAGCAGUGGCUGCCAUUUUCAUAGCCCAAGUUAAUGACAUGGCCCUGAACUUUGGACAAAUCCUCACCAUCGGUAUCACAGCAACAGCUGCCAGCAUUGGAGCAGCAGCCAUUCCUCAAGCUGGUCUUGUAACCAUGGUGAUGGUAUUGACAUCUGUAGGACUGCCCACCGAGGACAUAUCACUCAUCGUUGCUGUGGAUUGGUUCCUGGAUCGCCUCAGAACCACCACCAAUGUGUUAGGAGACUCAAUUGGAGCCGGCAUUGUGGAACACCUGUCAAGAAAGGAACUGCAGAACACUGAUGCUGGGAAGAGCAGCUCUGUAACUGAGGUCAAAUUCCAAGAGGACGAUUGUCUCGGUCAUCAAAACAGUAAAACAGCGGUCUAAUAACCAUCAGAAUAUACAGUGACUAGAAUGGCACAGUGGUAUUUUUUACAUUGUGAAAUUGCUGAUAAAUAAAGCUCACAUUAGACUAAAACCAGGCAGUGAACUAAUGCAUGCCAGUUUAGAGUCUUAGUGAUCGUAUAUUUCAUAUAUAAACACUAGGGAAUGACUACAAUUUAAUACCUCCAUAAUGUCAAGUGUGUAAAUUCAAAAACGAGGUAUGGGUUUAAUAUUUUUGCUUAUUUGUGACAUUUUAGUUUAAUAAAGAGGAACUGUGUGACUGA